AUGAGGAAUGAGACGAGAAAGAAACUUCAGGAUCGCAAGGCGGAUUAUGCCAAAUGCGGCUUUGAUACCAUGAAGAAAUUGUGUUUUUCUGUUUUUGUAUUUCUCAUCUUCUCUUCCAGUUGCCCACCCGCCGCUGGUCACCGCCCACUUGUCGGUCGCCGUUGGUCGCCGCCGUGGGCCGCUGUCUACCGUCUCUCGCCGCCCGCUGCCGUCUACCGUCCAUCGUCUCCCGCCACCGGCCUCCCUCCUUCCGCCGCCGCUCGCCUCCCACUGUCGGCCAUCGUCUCCCGCCAUCGGCCACCCUCCUCCUGCCGUUGCCUACCAUCGUCUCCCGCCGCCACCCGCCUUCGGCCGCCGCCCACCUCCCAACGCCAGCCGCCGCCCGCCAUCCAUCGGCCACCGCUCCUGCCUCCGGCCGCCCUCCUCCUGUCGCCGCCCACUGUAGCCCGCCGCCCGCCGUUCACCGGCCACCGUCUCCUACCACUGGUCGCCCUCCUCCUCCCGCCACCGCCCGCCUUCGGCCGCUGCCCACCUCCCGCUGCUGGCCGCCACCCACCGGCCAUAGUCUCCCGCUGCCGGUCGCCCUCCUCUCGCCGCUACCCUCCUCUCGUCACCGGCCGCCAUCCUCCGCAUUGGUCUCAUUGCUGUUUGCCGCCGCCUUCCCCCGCUAUCCGCCGUUCGUUGCCACCGUCUGCCGUCCGUUGCCACCGUCUGUUGCCCGCCGUCCAUUCUCCGACCAUCUGA